UCACCCUGACAAACGACUCUUUAACUGUUUCAGGCCGGAAACCAAAAGUUACUGAUGCAUCAACUUUAAAAUGUUACACACACACACACUCACGCUCACGCUCACACACACACAUACACACACACACGCUCACACACUCUGAGGGUUUGUGACGUCACAGACUCUGAUCCAAUCAGAGCGUCAGUGAAGUCUGAUGAGCUCCUCAGUGUCUGACGAGCUCCGGACUGAGGGAGAUCAGACAUGACGAGGCUGCUGCUGCUGGUUCUGGUGGGAUGGACAUGGACGAGCUCAGCGGUGGUCCGGAUCCCAUUGAGGCGGGUGCGUUCCAUUCGUUCCCAGCUGCGAGCCGACGGCCUGCUGGACGAGUUCCUGAGGGACCACCGCCCCGACGCGUUCAACCGCCGCUACGCUCAGUGCUUCCCCAUCGGGACGCCGUCGCUGCGACUCGGACGGUCCAGUGAGCGGAUCUACAACUUCAUGGACGCUCAGUAUUACGGUGAAGUCCAGUUGGGGACACCGGAGCAGAACUUCUCUGUGAUCUUUGACACCGGCUCAUCGGAUAUCUGGGUGCCGUCAUCGUACUGUGUCAGCCAGGCCUGCGUGCUGCACAGGCGCUUCAGGGCCUUCGACUCGACCUCGUUCCAUCAUGACGGUCGGAUGUUUGGGAUCCACUACGGAUCUGGACACCUGCUGGGCGUCAUGGCCAGAGACACGCUGAAGAUCGGUAAUCUGAGCAUCGUGAACCAGGAGUUCGGCGAGUCCGUCUACGAGCCCGGGGCCACGUUUGUCAUGGCGCGGUUCGACGGCGUCCUGGGGAUGGGCUACCCGGCCCUGGCGGAGAUCCUGGGAAACCCCGUGUUUGACAACAUGUUGGCGCAAAAGACGGUGGAUGAGCCGGUCUUCUCCUUCUACCUCAGCAGGAGAACGAGCAGCAGCAGCCCAGAGGGGGAACUGAUCCUCGGGGGAAUCGACGAGUCGUUGUACAGUGGAACGAUGAACUGGAUCCCAGUGACCGCUAAAGGAUACUGGCAGAUAAAAAUGGACAGCGUGGCGGUGCAGGGUACGAGCUCCUUCUGUCCUCGCGGUUGCCAGGCGAUCGUCGACACGGGAACCUCCCUGAUCGCUGGACCGACCGUCGACAUCCUCAACCUGCAGCAGCUGAUCGGAGCCACGCCCACAAACAUUGGAGAGUUCCUUAUCGACUGUGUCAGGUUGUCCAGUUUGCCUCAUGUGACAUUCGUCCUCGGGGGAACAGAGUACACGCUGACCGCUGAGCAAUACGUCCGCAAGGAGAUGCUCGGGGACAAGGAGUUCUGUUUCAGCGGUUUCAUGACGGUGGACAUCGUGUCCCCCGAGGGGCCGCUGUGGAUUCUGGGAGAUGUGUUUCUGACGGAGUACUACAGCGUCUUCGACAGGGGACAGGACCGGGUCGGCUUCGCCCCCGCGAGGCACCCGAGUGAACGAUAACCAGCAAACAGCUGUAUGAUCAAUAAAUGUAUAGAUUGAAAAUAAACUCAACUUCCUUCUGUCAGAAAGGCGACAAAUGGCAGUGAUUUCCAACAAUUUUUGGUUUUGG